UGGAUUUCUGACACGGGCACUCCUUUCUACAUGAAAUAAGUUUUUGAACGCAGCAUUACGUAAUAUUUGAACUGUCACUGUCAGUCACAAAAUUUUACUUCGUCUCCCAAAAACUGUACGAUGGCUGUCUCUGUUCGGAUUUUCAAUCGUUUUAAAGAUGGUUUGAAGCUAACAAAUGUUAGAUAUCAAAGCCAGUAUGCAGAGACACGCAAGAAUCUGGCCAUCAAUGCGGAGACGAAAGUGAUAGUCCAGGGGUACACUGGCAAGCAGGGCACCUUCCACAGCCAGCAGGCCCUGGACUAUGGCACUAAGGUUGUUGGUGGAGUAUCUCCCAAGAAGGCGGGCACUGAGCACCUGGGCCACCCAGUGUUUGCCUCUGUGAGGGAAGCCAAGGACAAGACCGGUGCUACAGCGUCCGUCAUCUACGUCCCCCCUCCCGGUGCUGCCGCUGCCAUCCUCGAGGCUGUGGAGGCUGAGAUGCCACUCAUUGUGUGCAUUACUGAGGGGAUCCCACAGCAUGACAUGGUUCGGGUCAAACACGCGCUGCUCAGGCAGAACAAGUCUCGUCUGGUCGGGCCCAACUGCCCCGGCAUCAUCGCGCCGGAGCGCUGCAAGAUCGGCAUCAUGCCCGGCGCCGUGCACAAGAAGGGGUGCAUCGGAGUGGUCUCCAGGUCUGGCACGCUGACCUACGAGGCGUGCCACCAGACCACUACCACCGGUCUCGGCCAGACGCUCUGCGUGGGAAUCGGAGGGGACCCCUUCAACGGCACAGACUUCAUCGACUGCCUGGAGGUGUUCCUGAAGGACCCGGAGACCAAGGGCAUCAUCCUCAUCGGGGAGAUCGGAGGAAACGCUGAGGAGCUCGCUUCGGAGUACCUCACGCAGUACAACACUUGUAAGGGCCAGAAGGCUAAGCCUGUGGUGUCGUUCAUUGCUGGUCUGACGGCGCCGCCCGGCCGGCGGAUGGGCCACGCCGGGGCCAUCAUCUCCGGAGGCAAGGGAGGCGCCAUGGACAAGAUCAAGGCCCUCGAAAAGGCCAACGUCAUCGUCACCCGCUCCCCAGCCAAAAUGGGCGUUGAACUUCUCAAAGAAAUGAAACGGCUAGAAAUCGUCUAAAGACGCUUUAAUCCAAGAUUAAUGUUCUAAACUCGUAGUUCGAACCAGUAUACAAAGGAUUAUGUUUACUCUGUUGUAUAUACAAAUACUUUUAGAAAUAUAUUGGUAUUAUUUAUUUCGAUGUUAAAUUGUGAUUUUGUUUACUAAUAAGGAAGCCACUCACUCUCGUCAGGUUAAGUCUGGCCGGUCGCUACAGUUUUUGAUUUAAUUUUCACAACCAUGCUGUACUUUGUGGAACCAUUAUAGUAUGAAUAUGAAUACCGUAGUAGUUUUGCACUAAACUACUCUUAAUUACUUAUUAAAGAUGCACGAAGAUGUAGAGUCCUUCCUAGUUUUAAGUAUUUCAUGUUAAACGUUAUGGAUAUGUUACUAUAGUAUUGACAGUUGAAUAUUCCUAUUUGCUAAGCAAUUUUUGAACACUUGUUGUGCUUGAUAUGACCUUGCUGCUGUAUGGUUGUAAAAAUUAUGAUACUUAUAAACAAAAUAUAAGCAUAUUAAAUAUUCGAAA